AUGAAAGAGACUGAAAUUACUAUUGAAAAUUUUGCAUAUGCGAAAAUUUUUAUGCAUGCUUUGAAAAACUCUUAUGAUGAUGUAUGUGGAAUUCUGAUUGGAAAAUAUGACGAAAACGAAAAGCAUAAACAGAAAUGCAUAAUAACUGAUAGUGUUCCAUUGUUCCAUACACACAUACUGAGCCCAUUUCUGAAUUUAGCAUUCACUUUGGUUGAGAAUCAUUACAAAGGAAAAGAAGAAAGGAUACUUGGGUAUUACCAUAUAUGCAUAGAGGAUGGAAAAAAUAUCAACAUAAAAAAUAUAAAAGUUUGUGAAUUAAUAGCCGAUAAAUUAGUUAAAAAUUAUAGUGACGCCAUGAUAUGCUUAGUUCAGUUAUCCAAAUUAGAGGAUGAUAAUUCUGGUUGUUUAAAUGUAUUCAUGCAAGACAAUGAUUCGGAAGAAUGGAAAAAAGUAGGUAUAGUUGUUACCACAAUGAAUAAGGACUUCCUAAAAAAGAAUAUUUCUAACAAUGAGUAUCUAAAUAUACACGACUUUGACGAUCAUUUAAACUGCAUUAGCUAUGAUUUUAUGAACCCUAACUUGUUUAAAAAGGUUUAA